ACAAGAAGAAGAAAAAGAUGGCGGGACGUUUAAAACCUGCUCCGUCGAGCGGAUGAACCUUCACAGUAUCAUAUGAACGUGUUCCGGGAUCGAACCUUCCCCUGCUCCGGGACCAUGAACCCUCGGGCCGGGCUGACAGGCGUCCCGCUCGGACGGAGCUCCAGCCGGCUGAGGCGGAGCUGCAGAGCCGCUCAGAGAGCAGCGGAUCCCGGGUCGGAUCCCACACGCACUCCCGACCUGAAGACGCCGACCAGGAGCUGCAGGUCCGGAGGAUCUCCUCACAACGACUCCGACCUCCAGCAGGACAUCAUCUGGGACGCCACGUCUCCGUCUCCCAGCAGACUCAGUAAACGAGGGAGAAGACAUCCUGGAGGCGUGAACAUCUCAGACAUCGUCAGCAGGAUCGCUCCAGAGCGCGGCAGACCAGAGGUCACAGAGCCGCGGCUGCAGCAGUGGAUCGGAGACAGCGCCAUCAUCCCCUGCACCCCGGAGGUUCAAGUCCCCAAACACAAGAAGAAGUCCCCGAGGUCGAACGGCGUGGACGAGCUGCUGAAGUUGGCCAAACAGUUUGACUUCAACAUGUUCCGUCAGGACGAGGAGGAGGACCAGCAGAGUCUGGAGCUCCUGUCUGAGGACAUCUUGGAGAACCACGACCAGGAGGAUUCUAAACCGCACGGGACGGACGCUCACGUUCUCCUGGACCAACACACGGAGAGCGAUCUGGACUUCCUGUUUGAUGGACCCACCCAACACGUGAGUGGCAGGUUAAGUCAGGUGACUGCUCACGUUUCAUCUUCCAAAGAGGCUUCUGGGAAAUCUGCAGCUGCUUCCACCACCGACAGUCACGGGGGGGCAGCUCGCGAUGAGUUCGAGGACGACUGGGAAAACGACGACUUGUUAAUGGAUUCACUGGUUUUGGAGAUGACAGAGAAUCCUCAGAAGUUCACGGCUCCGGUUCACAGCUCCACACAGAACCGGACUGGCGACCCGGUUCACCAGACGGAAGUAAACGCUGGUCGUAAAGUGGAAAAAGAAAACGUGAGACAAAGAACAACGUUCAAGCUGGAAUCGAAUCCUACCCUGUCUGUGAGGAGGAUCCAGACGGGGACCAGCUCCAAACCAGCAGGCCAGGACACGUUUUCCUGUUUGUCCGCUCAGUCUCAGUUUCUCAGACAAACGUCAAACUCAGAACCGCAGAAGUCCUGGUUUGAUCCGAGGGUUUUCAGCUCGUCGGCCUCGAACGCAGAUCUGAGAACAGCAGCUCCGAGUCUCCUAAAGAAGCCCGUGGUACUGUCGUCCCCCGUGGAGCCCGGGGGCGUCUCUGACGUCCUGGACGAGGACCUGGACGCCUUCUUCUUAUCCGACCCGGUUUGGGACGAUCCGGCUGACGACGACCUGCUGUGUGAAAUGUGUGAGGACCUGGAGAACCAGAACCAGAGCUCGGACAACAUGUCCGCCAAACAGACUCCUCUUAUCCGUCAGACGUCCAACAGAACCUGGGUCAACAGGAGCCCCCAGCCGGCCAAUCAGCAGCCAGUUCUCCAGAAGCAAACGGGUCGCAGGCUGGCGGCCGCCCCGUCCUCUCACCUCACUGCAGGCGUUCAGGUGAAGGAUUCCUUCAGAUCCACCUCAGGAUCCAGCCGCCUCAGCACCGCGGCGAGCAGCCGGGUUCAGUCAGCUGCUGCGGCGCCGCUGAGGAGCUCCAACAAAGAUCAGUUCACCUUCAAGAGGCCGAACUACCCGGUUUCCACUGCAGCCGGAGAAGCUGGUGGUAAAUGUUCGGCUGCAGAGAUCGAGCUGAAGAAGCUGCGGGCGAUGGAGAAAAGACGACAGCGACUGAACGCCGCCCAGAACCUGGGAGCUGGGACGUGACAUCACAGCUGGGACGUGACAUCACAGCUGGGACGUGACAUCACAGCUGGGACGUGACAUCACAGCUGGGACGUGACAUCACAGCUCCAUCACAGCUGGGACGUGACAUCACAGCUGGGACGUGACAUCACAGCUCCAUCACAGCUGGGACGUGACAUCACAGCUGGGACGUGACAUCA